AUGGGCGUGGCCGGGCAGGAGGAUGCCGGCCUAGCAGUGGCUGACGCCGAUGCAGCAGAUGGCGAGCCCUCCCUUAUAGACACUGCCAUGGCGGCAGUCAGCCCCUUUGAGCAGCCGGUCUGGCGGUGGGAGGAGUCGCCCGACGCGUUGCGGGCCUACGGCGCCUUCUUCGGCAUCCUGCUGCUGGGGCUGAUCCCUGCAGUGCAGGACAACCGCUACUCCGACCUGCCUUAUUUCCUGGGCCUCGCCUCGCUGACGAUCUACAUCGGCGCCCACCGCGGCCUCAACUCCCGCCAGCGCCAGCAAAUCUCCAUCAAGGAGGGGCUGCUGGCGCCGGUGGCGGCCUCGGUCUCCCUCUUUGGCCUCUACCUGCUCCUCAAGUUCCUGCCGGACCUCAACAUCCAGUCCCUGCUCAACGCCUACUUCUGGCUGCUGGGCUCGGUGGCGCUGGUGGGCGCGUUUGGGCCCACGCUGCGCACGGCGGGCAAGGGGCUGGGCCAGCCCGUGUGGCGCUUCCAGCUGCCCGCCUGGCUGCAUGCGGAGGACGAGCGGGGCAAGAUGCCUGAACAUGCGACCCACCCACGUGCUGCAGACCUGCUGUCCGUUGGCCUGGCCCUCACCUUUGCCACCAUGGACGCCGCCGCCAACCACGGCAACUUUACCCUGAACAACAUGAUCGCCUGCCUGAUCGCCGCGGACAUCCUCCAGCUGGUGGGCCUCAAGUCGUUCCGCGUGGCGGCGGUGCUGCUGCUGGGCCUGCUGGCAUACGACGUGUUCUGGGUGUUUGGCUCGCCGGCGGUGGUGGGGGAGAAUGUGAUGCUCCAGGUGGCGACCUCAGAGGUGGUGACGGGGCCCAUCCGCUUGCUGUUCCCACGCAUACCAGGCUCCAUCGGGGAGGCAGCAGACUUCCCCUUCAGCCUGCUGGGCCUGGGCGACAUCGCCAUUCCGGGCCUGCUGGCCUGCCUGGCGCUGCGCUACGACGCCUCUCGGGCCGUGGACCUGCGCGCCCGCGGCUUUGCUGUGGCCAACGCCCUCCAAGACGCCCUCAGCUCCGUCGAUAAGACGGCCACGCGGGGGGAGAUGGGGGAGGUGGCGGUGAGCGCGGCAGAGACGGCGUACGACAAGAUCGCCGACAUGGAGGAGGAGCAGCAGCUGCGCACGCAGGGCCUGAGCGCCAGCGGCAGCACCGAGACCUUCUACUUUGCCUCCGACGCGGUGCUGCACCAGCGCACCUACUUCACUCCCGUGCUGGUGGCAUACCUGUUGGGCCUGGUGGCGGCCUUUGGGGUGAAUGCGGUGACACACAUGGGGCAGCCCGCCCUCCUCUACCUGUGCCCGCUCACGCUGGGGGCGGUGGUGCUGGUGGCGGCCACGCGGCGGGACCUGGCCAAGAUCUGGUCCUUCACAGACACCUCUGCAUCCAGCCCCGGCGCCAAGAAGCAGCAGCAGCAGCGGGAGGAGGAGGAGCAGCAGGAGCAGCAGCAGCAGCAGGAAGGCCCGGGCAAGUAG